AUACAUCAAGUUGAGAAACCCAUAAGAGGAAAUGACAAUAACCAUGAAUCUAUGAUCCAGCCAGAACUGAAUUGGACGAAAUCAAAUUUGCCACAUUCCAGCAAAUCUAAUCUAUACAGCUACUUACACAUCAUCUUCUGUGGACCCACUGCCCCCUGUUUCCAAGUAAUCAAUAUCACUAUUACCUUUUUCAUCUAUAAAUCUUAUCCCGAUUCAAAUCAUUAUCACUGAAUCCCCCAUCAUUAUGAUAAACCAGUGUUUUCAACCAUUGAUGUUACUCCAUGUGUCAGAUUAAUGUGUGAGUACAACCCCAAGAGAUGUUAUCGAUGAAACAAUUAAAAAGAGUCAAAAAAAAGAAGGGGAAAAAAAAAAUCAGCCGGGUAAGGGAAGAGAGAAAAAGGACUGUACAGAAGGAGAUUGUCUGGCUCUCUUGAAUUCUCUGUCUGCUUAGGCUUAUCGCCAGUCUGUCAUCUCCCUAGGUUUGUUUAUUAACAAGUUACAAAGUCUCUUUCUUUACAUAAAUAUAUAAAAAUACCCUUAAAGAUUCUUGCUUCAGGUGGCUAGAAAAUGAGUCUUUUCGGCCUUGGAAGCAGAAAUCAGAAGACUUUUCGCCCUAAAAAGAAUGCUCCAUCAGGAAUUAAGGGUGCUCACCUUCAAAAGCAUAUCGAUGUAACAUUGGGUAGUGGGAACUUGAGGGAAGUUGUUAAAUUACCUCCCGGAGAAGAUAUAAAUGAGUGGCUGGCCGUAAACACUGUAGAUUUCUUCAACCAAGUAAAUAUUCUGUAUGGUACUCUAACAGAAUUCUGCACACCAUCUAACUGCCCAAAGAUGACUGCUGGACCGAAAUACAUGUAUAGAUGGGCUGAUGGAGUUAAGAUUAAGAAUCCGAUAGAAGUGUCUGCUCCUAAAUAUGUUGAGUAUCUGAUGGACUGGAUUGAAAUUCAGUUAGAUGAUGAAUCAAUUUUCCCACAAAGAUUGGGAGCACCCUUCCCUCCGAACUUUCGAGAUGUUGUUAAGAUGAUUUUUAAGCGAUUGUUCCGCGUUUAUGCCCACAUCUAUCAUUCGCAUUUUCAGACGAUAGUGAGUUUAAAGGAAGAAGCUCAUCUGAAUACUUGCUUUAAGCAUUUUGUCCUCUUUACUUGGGAAUUCCGGUUGAUUGAAGUAGCUCAGCUUGCACCUCUCUAUGACCUUGUAGAGUCAAUUCUGCAGUUGUAGUAUUGUCAUGAGCGUGGUUUUUGUUCUUUCAUUUGAUUGUUUCUGGAUAACAAUUUUGCAAGCUUCUGUUUCCCAUGGAAUUUUUGUGUUGAAUGAGAUGCCUUCUUUCUUUCA